GUACGUAUGAUAUUCAAAGAGUAAUUAAAAUUCGGAAAAAAUCGUUUCAUUUCCACACCGGCGCGACGAUGACUGGUCUAAGCAACUGCACGGCGCCGCCUCCGCCGGGUUCUUCCCCAGCCGCCGCUGCUUCUCGAGGGUAGCGUCAGCCCUCUCAAGUCCGCGCCUUGAUACUUUUUGCGGAGGGUUUUAUAGCUGGUGGGGCAGCUGGUGUUUUAGUUGAAACAGAUUUAUAUCCUGUUGAUCGAUACAAUAAAGACACAGUUGCAGACUGCAUGAGGUGGAGGUCAAAUAAUUCUCAAAGGUUUAUAUUCUGGCCUUGCUGGGGUCUUACCUGCAUCUGCUGUGUUUGUUGGUGUUUAUGAGCCUGCCAAGCAAAAGCUUUUGAGGACCUUUCCAGUGAACCUCAGUGCUGUUGCCAUCUGGCAUGGCUGGUUCUUUCAUUCGUGUACCCACUGAGUCUUGAUGCUUCAGGUUGUUAAGCAACGAAUGCGUACGGGUCAAUUUACUUCUGCCCCUAAUGUUGUCCAAACAAUUUUUGCCAAAGAGGGCUUUAAAGGUCUCUGUAAGAACAAAUACUUCUGCAGCAGCAACAUGAAAACAAAUACAGUUGAAGAUUCCCUCAUCUCCACUUUCACAAAAAGACCCUUCUGCUUGGAAUCCCCUGAGCUUCAAGAAUUGAGCUCAAAGCUCACUUCCCAACUGGUUGAAACCGUCUUAAAGUCAUUGAGGAACUGGAGAUCGGCUCAGCUAUUCUUCCAAUGGGCUUCCAAUCAACGUGGUUACACGCACAACUGCUAUGUGUACAAUGCCAUAGCUGAAAUCCUAUCAACUGCUCGACAAAAUGCCCCACUGAGGGAGCUUGCUUUAGCUUUAACUAAAACACCGUGUUAUUGGUCACCAGGGGCUUUUGGAUAUUUUCUCAGGUGUCUAGGUAGUCAGGGUUUAGUUGAAGAAGCUAAUUCGUUGUUUGAUCAUAUGAAAAUGUCUGCACUUUGUACUUUGAAUGGCUAUAGCUAUAAUUGUUUGUUGGAGGUUAUUGCGAAAAGUGGUGAUGUCGGUCUAUUGGAGCAUAGGUUGAAUGAGAUGAGAGAAUUGGGUUGGCCCAUCGAUAAGCAUGCAUUGACACCGGCUUUACAAUGCUAUUGCAAUGCCAACCAGUUCGAUAAGGCAAUUCUGGUUUUCAAUGAUUUGACUAAAAAGGGAUUGGUUGAUCAGCAUAUAGUGGCUAUUUUAGUUCUGUCUUACAGUAAGUGCGGGGAAGUUGACAUGGCGUUUGAGUUGAUUGAGUGGGCUGAAAGGAAUCUUAAAAUUAGUUUGAAUGAGAAAACAUUAUGCAUUUUAAUCCAUGGCUUUGUGAGGGAGGAUAGAGUGGAUAAAGCUAUACAACUGUAUGAUAAAAUGAAGAAACAUGGAUAUUUUCUCGAUGUUUCCAUUUAUUAUGUACUAAUUAGAGGUUUAUGUAAGAAUAAGGAGAUAGAGAAAGCCCUAAUGUUGUACAAGUACAUGCGGGUGUCAGGAAUUCCUCCUGAUGUGCAAAUAAUUUACCAGCUUUUGUCAUGUAUACUGGAUGAGAGAGACAUGAUUCAAUUGCUUGAAGAUGCUUUGAUGGAUUUGGAUGCGGGGAGAAGGCUUUCGUUGUUUAGUUCUAUUUUGAAAGAUCUCAUUAACGGUGGAUAUGAUGAUAAAGCUUACUGUCUGCUGAAGGCAAGUAUAGGUUCUGGUCUGAAUGAAAACAGUCAGGGAGGUGUGAUAUCUUUAACAAAGGUAAAGCUUGAUUCAACUUGUUUUGAAAUUGUCAUUGGUGGCUUAUGCAAUGCUGGUAAACUAGAUAUGGCUCUAGACUUGUUCCAUUCUAUGGAUCGAUAUGGUUGCACUCGUAGUGUUCUACUUUUCAAUAAUUUGAUUCAGUGUUUGAGCAGUGCCGAUAAGUUGAAUGAAUGCUUUAAUCUCCUCAAUAAGAUGGAGACAGAAAUCCACCCUACGCACUUCACCUAUAACUGCAUACUUGGAUCCUUGUGUAGACAACUGGAUGUUGUCGGAGCUAUUGAUUUGUUGAGGGAGAUGCGUUCUUGUGGGCAUGAGCCGUGGAUUAAAAACUAUACGUUGCUUGUUAAGAAGCUAUGUGAACAUGGAAAGGCAGAUGAAGCAUAUAGCUUCCUUACAGACAUGAGCAAAGAAGGAUUCCUCCCUGAUAUGAUUGCUUAUUCUGCAAUCAUUGAUGGCUAUCUGAAUGGCAAUGAACUAGACCGUGGUAUGGAGCUAUUUAGAGAGAUUUGUGGACAAGGUUAUUGUCCUGAUGUAGUGGCCCAUAACACUAUCAUCAAGGGGCUUUGUAAGGCUAAAAGGAUGAAUGAAGCUGAAGAUAUUCUGAAAGAGAUAUUUGACAAGGGACUUGUCCCAUCAGUAGUUACAUACAACUUGUUAAUUGAUGGCUGGUGCAAAGAGGGAAAUGCUGAUCAGGCUGUUUUGUGUUUUUCGAUGAUGAUAGAACAGGAAGUGGAACCAAAUAUCAUUACCUAUACAACUCUAGUAGAUGGAUUGUGCAGUUCUGGAAAACUGGAAGACGCUCUUAAUCUUUGGAUCGAAAUGGAGCAUAAGGGAUGUCGCCCUAAUAGAAUUUCUUACAUGGCUCUCAUUCAUGGGCUUUGCAAGUGUCAUCGACCAGAUUGUGCUCUGGUCUAUCUGCAGGAGAUGGAGAAUAAGGAUAUGUUACCUGAUCCAUAUGUUUACCAAGCUUUAGUAGAAGCUUUUUCAUCAGAAUCAAACUUGGCCAUGGCUCAUAAAGUACUGGACAAGAUGUCCAAGCUUGGUUCCUCAAAGGUAUUCUCACCCACCAAAAAGAAAUAGGCAGACAGAAUCUUGAAGGUUACUGCAGUUUAUACAGAGAAUGGCUGUAGAUGUUCUUCACUCUUUAUGAAGCAACAGUUAUGGGUUGGUUGAUUGAGCUGUUUCUUUCCCAUGGUUGAUUGCUUUGAAUGACUAUGAAAGUUAUUGGAAAUGGAGCUAUUUAUGUCAUUGGUUACCGUUUUGGAGAUUAAUAGCCAUGAGCCUAAGUUACACAUGUCAUUUAUUUGUGGUAACUGGGAUAUUCAUUUAAGAAGUGUGAGCAAUUGAAUAGAUUUUAAAAAAAGGAAAAAAGGAAAUGCAUAAUAUUACUAUGUCGUACGGAAUAAUAUGAAUCUCAGCAUAGUUUGCGUAAUAAUAAUGCAUGCAUACAUUCUUAUUUUAUUAAUUGGUCAAUUGAUUUGUCAAAUGGCAACAUUAUAUUAAUACACAUUUUCUUUUGCAAUUGCUAAUUUACCCUUGUAGUAAAACAUACUACUAUGUUCUAGUACUAAUUUAAUAAUUUUUUAUAUCCAUUUCAUAUUAAUUUAUCUACAAGUCCCAAUACUUAAUUUCUAUAGUGUUUUAGUCAUAUAAACUUUAUUAUUCAUCCUUUGCAAUUAUUAUUUUUUUUAAUGUUGAAUUAUUUAUUGUUCAAUCCCCACUCCCUGAUUUUCUAAUUGGAACGGUAAAUUCCAUCUAAGUCCAAUUUUAGGGUGUUAAAAAAUGUUUAUAUUUUGAAGAAAGUUGAGUUACUUGUGAUGUUUGCUUUUUAUAAGCAUCGAGUUUUAGGUGCUGAUGGCUGCAACCGCUCCGUUUACAUUAGCUGUUGAUGCAAAGAGCUCUCCUGCAUUAUCAUUAGGUAAUUUGCAUCAAUUUCAUCUAUUAUUUGCUGAAACCAAGUAUUCUGCUCUCCACAUGUUCUUUUUGUGCCAUCAUUUGCUAGUAUGUGUGGUUUGAAAUCGAACCAAGUUUUUGAAUUUAUCAUAUGGUUGUUGAUGUUUCAUACUUACCUUUUUCUGAUGGAUGUGUUUAGUGAAGUAACAAGGUAGAGAAUUGAUUUUAAGGGUUGUUUCAUGCAGCAACGAUUGUAGAGGUGUUUUGUGAUGACAAUUUGAGUUUUAUGAUGGAUGCCUUCCAACUGAGUUUGUGAAUUAGUAAUAAUUUGUUUCUUGUUGUUUUGUAUUCAUCUAUUUGUAAUUGGUGAUUUUAGUGAAGCAACAAGUUACAGAAAUUAUUUCUAUGAUUGCUUCAUGCAAUGAUGAUUGUAGAUGUGAUUUUGUGAUGAAAAUGUAAAUUAUAUGAUGGAUGCUUUCCAAUUGCACUUUCCAAACGCGAUUGGCAAUAAACUAUAAUUGAAAAUUUGUUUAGUUUUCAUUUUAGUGUUAACACUGUUUUAAUUUAGUAUUCUCUGGAUCCUAAUUGAAUUGCAAAUUUUGUUUUUCGGGGUUAUUUUAACAAGAAAAUACAAAACCUUUGGUUGGAACCUGGAAGGUUCUUUGCAUCAGUUAAUGCGUGAGAAGAAAAUCCUUUUGACUUUUGCGACUACAAUUUGGUACGGUUGGGAUCUAUAGUUCUGAUCUUCUCAAUUUAGAAUAUAUGCAUCAGAGGCUGCCUAUAAAACAACCAGCAGAAUCAGUGUGAAUAUGUAGCUUCUUCUUUUGGAGGACCUCUCUACUUGAACUAUGGUUCAUGCUUGUACUCGUUGAUUAUAUUCAGCCAUUUCCUAUUUGCGACAACCCUUGGUUUAUGGAAACACAUGUUACUAUUUUUUGUGGACAUCCCAAAGAUUUCGGACAAUGCAUCUGCUGUGUUUGUUGGUGUUUAUGAGCCUGUCAAGUGCCAAGCAAAAGCUUUUGAGGACCUUUCUAGUGAACCUCAGUGAUGUUGCCAUCUGGUUGUUAAACAACAAAUGCGGACAUGCCAAUUUACUUCUGCCCCUAACGGUGUCCGGAUGAAUGUUGCCAAAGAAGGAUUUAAAGGUGUCUAUGUGACUACUGGAUGUUUCCGAAGCUCUUGAUUUGUUGAGGGAGAUGGAUUGUGCAGUUCAGAUGCUCUUAAGCUUUGGAUCGGAAUGGAGCAUAGGGGAUGUCGUGCAUAGCUCUCUUAGUGAGUGUCGUCGCCCAGAUUGUGCUCUGGUCUGGUCUGGUCUAUCUGCAGGAGAUGGACCAAGCUUUAGUAGGAGCUUUUUCAUCAACUAAAAACUUGUUUAGGAUUAAUUUGUUAAAGUGAGCAAAGAUUGAUGGUGUAGGGGGACAUUAUUAAUUCCCUUUAUAUGUAUAUUUGAUUUUUCUAGGUAAAAAAAGUAGGCAGGCAGAAUCUUGAAAGUUUCUACAAGGAAUUACUCAAGUUGUACUUCAAUCUUUUUGAAGCAAGAGUUAUGGUUGGUUGAUUGA